CACGUUGACCAACGCGUCAGGUCCUCUCCUGGUGGAGAUGGCCAAACCUCCGGGGGCCACGCUCGGCAUCACGCUGACGUCAGCCAGCCAUCGCAACAAGAGGGUCAUUGUCAUCGAGCGAGUCAAGCCCGGAAGUGUGGUGGACAGAUGCGGAGCCUUGCACGCCGGCGACCACCUGCUGUCCAUCGACGGGACGUCCACCGAGCACUGCAGCGUCCUGGAGGCCACGCAGCUGCUGGCCAGCACCACCGAGCUGGUCAGGCUGGAAAUGCUUCCCGCCCACCAGACCAGGUUGACUGGCAACAAGCAACAUGACACUG